AUGGCAUCGUCUAUCUUUCGCUCGACGCCUCUCUUUUUGCUGUUCUCUUCGGCACUCUCGUUUACUCCUUGCCAACUCCUCGGUCCCACCUAUCCUUCUUUCACGCUCGACACUGAGGAUGCAGACCUUUCCGCUGCACUGAAAAACCUCACUAGGAAGUUCGAUAAUUUGAUGCGAACGGGUAACAGUGAAAAUGGCCCGGUCACGUCCAACACCACCACCGUUAGCAUUGCGCUGUUCUCCGCAAACGAGGGCAACGAUGAGGACCAGCCUUUCUUCUGGGAGUACCACUGGACGGCACCCGAGUACAAGAAGAGCACUGGACAAUUCCAGAACGUGACCAAGGACAGUAUUUACCGCAUGGGCGGGCUGACCGAGGCCUUUACGAUCUGGAGUCUUCUUCUGGGCGAGGGCGAUCGAAUCUUCAACGACCCCGUCAUCAAAUAUCUCCCUGAAUUGACCAAUGGAUCUACCACCGACAGUCUUGGCCAGGUUCAAUGGAAAGAUGUCACUGUCGGCCAGCUUGCCAGCCACAUGAGUGGUCUUCCCCGGGAUUACUGCUCGAGUGACUUGACUUUGCAAUGGGAUACCCAGAAGACCGGCUUCCCACAACACGCGUCUUUCCACCGGCCUUGCUGCGGUGACUCGAAAUGCAGUCAGAGUGAAUUCAUUCAGCAGCUGGCAAAGCGUGCACCCGUUGCCCCAUCUGGCCUGACCCCUAUCUAUUCCAACAUGGCAUUCCAGCUUCUGGGAUAUAUUGACGAGCGCAUUACGGGCGAGAGCUUCGAAAAGUCAAUCCAGAGCAAGAUUCUCAAGCCACUCGGACUGACCGAGACGACCAUCUUCGCCCCUAAGGAUGCCUCCAAGGGUGUCAUUCCUGUCGGUCAAAAGGCUAGUGGCUGGUCGGCCCAAUUACCUGGAACUGAGGCUUCAACCUCCAUGUUCACCAGCCUGGAGAACCUCGCCUCCGCCGGUAAAGCCAUCGUCAACUCCACCCUCCUUCCCUCCGCUCAGACCAACCGCUGGCUGAAGCCAGCUACCGACACCUCGAAUAAGGCGAACGCCGUCGGCUAUCCAUUCACCAUCUACCACGGCGGCGAGUAUCCCAAUAAGUCGCCCAUGGUAGACAUCUACACCAUCCUCAGCAACGAGGGCGACAACGAAGGCCUGUACAGCUCGUAUCUGGGCAUGGUGCCGGACAUGGGAAUCGGCUAUGCCAUUCUCUCCGCGGACACCAAGAAGCACGCCGAUCUGAAUACCCACGCCGAUUUCAUGUCGGAUGUAUUGGAAGCCAUUCAAAAGAUCGCUCUGAAGCAGGCUCUCGGCAACUACGGCGGGAAGUACGCCAGCUCUGGUUUCUCGAACACUUCCAUCUCUAUCGAAGGAAAGAAGAAUCUGGGGUGGGGUCUCUAUAUCGAGGACUUUGUGAGCAAGGGUAAGAAUUUCCGCGAGACGUUGGCGCCGCUGCUUGGUUAUGGUCAUGCGGUUGAACUGAGCAUCCAUCUUUACCCGACGCGUCUGGUUGAGAAGACCAGCACUGGUUCCAAAGAGGCUUUUCGUGCUGUCUUCCAGGAUGUUACUGAGUUGGCUGACAGUGGGACUCCGACAUGUGUCUCGUGGAUGGAUGUGGAUAAGUACCAGUAUGCUGACCACGGACUGGAUGAGUUCAUUUUCACACUGGACACUAAGGGUGUUGUCGUUGGUGUCGAGAUCCCUGCACUGGAUGUGGCCCUGCAGAAGAAGAACUAG